AUGUUGGGCAAUCUGAGGAUGCUCUGCCUGUGUCUCUGCUUCUCAUGGGCUGAAACUCGUAUAUGGGCCUGGAUGCUCAACAUGCCUCACGGCCCUCCCAAGGAGGGAUCAAAAGCCCUAAGAGACAGCGCUGCUUUACCCAAAGCAACUACGGCUGUGUGCGACCAUGACAGGGCCUGUGGGCGCGGUUUCUCCUGCGAUCGUCACUUUGGCCUUUGUGUUCCCCUACGAGGGGAGGGCCACUACUGUCGGAGGGAUGCCCAGUGUGUCCGUGGACUCAGCUGCAUGUUUGGAAAGUGCCACCGCAGUAUUCCCAAUGGACAAGAGGGUGCCAGAUGUAAAGUUGAUAGGGAUUGUGGGGAUUCUAUGUGCUGUGCUCGACACCACGGUGAGCAGGUGUGUAAGAGACGUCUGAUCCGCAGCCAGAGCUGUUUUGUUCCCGAUGGCGGCUUGGCAUUCAGCAUAAACCAGAUUUGUCCAUGUGAUGAGGGGCUACUGUGUCGAAAGGACGGAGCUUCACAGCAAAGAGAGUAA